CUAUCGUCUUUUUCCCAGCGUUCUUUGGCCGGAAGCGGAAGUGGGUUCCCAACGCGGGAGGGAACGGCGUGCGAGGGUUGGUUGCCUCCUCCAAGGGUGGCCAUGGGCCGAGUCAAGUACCAAGAAGCCGCGGAAACGCCGGAGCCCGAGGCGACCCCGGAGCGCUCUUAUCACGAGCUGGUUGAGAAUGUGAACGCGAUCGCCCGCCCUCUGGCCUCCCGCAAGCUGACGCGGAAGCUCUACAAGUGCAUCAAGAAAGCGUCGAAAGUAAAACAGAUCCGGCGCGGGGUGAAAGAGGUCCAGAAAUUCAUCAACAAAGGCGAGAAAGGGAUCACAGUUCUUGCAGGAGACACACUACCUAUUGAUGUAUAUUGCCACAUCCCAAUCAUGUGUGAAGACAGGAGUCUUCCAUAUGUCUAUAUCCCAUCUAAAACGGACUUGGGAGCAGCUGCAGGGUCAAAGCGUCCGACCUGUGUUAUUAUGAUCAAGCCCCAUGAGGACUAUCAGGAAGCCUAUGCUGAGUGUUUGGAGGAGGUGGAGGCCCUUCCUCUCCCCUUGUAAAGUAUACCGAGAAAUUCUGGAAAGACUCUAAUUUAAUACAGACUGUAAAUUGUUUAGUUAAGAAACAACUUGACACAGAAGUUCUGGGAUGAGAACUGAUCCUAUUAAGGAACAUGUGGUGAAGAGUACUUCAGCUACAACUAUCCAUGAUUGUUCAAGUGACAGUAAUAAAGUAAGCACCUGUCUUACAAAAAUAUUGUGGGCUUUUCUUGCAGUGAAAUUAACUGGCUUCUAUGGAAGAGCAGGUCCAUAGGAAGCGUAUGGAGUCCUAGGGAAAUAUGAAAUUAAAAUAUUUGUAAAUAUGU